UUAACUAUGGAAGGCGCUCCAUUCACAGUGAAAGGAUAUUACUUUCUACCGUUUCUCGACCAGUCCAAGAUCGAAAACCACGAAGUAGAGAAGUUCGAGUUCCGAAAUGGCGAUGUUGUGGUUAGUGGAUUCCCUAAAUCUGGUAACACCUGGCUUGUGGAGGUGUUGAAGCAAAUGUACGGCGAUUGGGGACUGUGUCAUGUGGGCGGUGCCUCAGAAGCUAUCAUCCUGGAGGAACACACUGUCCAUAAAUGGUUCCCCGGAAUACGACAGAAGGUGGUAGACAUAAACGUAGCAGAAGACAUCCCAUCUCCGAGGUUGCUUAGAACCCACCUCCCAUUUCCGUUUUUCCCAAUGCAGAAGGCCCUUGAGAACGGCGUGAAGGUCAUAUACAUAACUCGUAACCCGAAGGACGUCUGUGUUUCCCACUACCAUUUCUUAAAAGGGUUUGCACAGGGAGCACUUCAGGCGGACUGGGAAGGCACAUUGACAAAUUUUGUAGAGAAUCGCAUGUUAUCGGCUCCUUGGAUUGACCACGUCGAUAGCUGGUUAGGUGUAGACAAAAACCUCAUGCAUGUAAAGUAUGAAGAUAUGAAACGAGACCUUCCAAGCGUUGUGCAGAGGAUUGCAGAGUUUCUAGGACGACCUGUUCGCACUGAAGACGUCGAACGUACCAUAAGAUCCACUACCAUCGAUGAUAUGAAAAAACGAUUUAAAGAACUCCUCAUUUUAGAUGAAAACUUAUGGGAAGAUGGCAAAAGUCCAUUUAUUCGCAAAGGAGUCACUGGUGAUUGGAAGAACCACUUCACAGCAGCGCAGAGUCAGGUGUUUGAUGAAAAAAUAGGUCAGAGAGUCAAAGAACUGAGUCUGGAUGUUGAUUAUCAGUAG